GAAAUAACGGUUGGACGAGGGAAACCGAGCAUGCGGUCCAAUGUCCAUGGCGGUUUUUCUUCCUUCAACACUCUCUCCACCUCCCUCUCUUCUCACCUUUCCUGAUCACACCUCAUAUUCCCGGCCACUCUACUCCAACUCUCCCGCCAUCUUCACCAUUAAAAAGCGUCUUCUCUUUCGUUGCUCGGCAAAGAAGAAAAUCAGCUUCACGGACCAAAUUCUUGAUUACAUCGAAGGGGGUCCCAAGUUGAGGAGAUGGUAUGGGGCACCCGAUCUCCUUCCUAAAGACGGGCCCACUGUUGAGGACGAAGACGAAGAUUCCGAUGAAAUCAGGGAUGCAGUUUUGGUAACUGACGGAGAUAGCGACAUUGUUCAGAUGGUUAUAUUGUCGUUGAUUGUCAAAAGAUCCAAAAUUAAAGCCUUGGUCAAGGAUAAACGGGCUGCACUUGAAGCCUUUGGAACAUAUGUGGAUUCAUUGGCAGGAGAUACAACGGAUAGACCAUUUUUAAAAAGAGCUUUAAGAGGAGUUCGGACCAUAAUCUGCCCAAAUGAAGGCUUUUUAUCUAAUGCUGGAAGCUUGAAAGGGAUACAACAUGUAAUUCUCUUAUCGCAGUUGUCUGUUUUUAAAGCAGCCGGUGGCAUUCAAGCUCUCAUGAAAGGCAAUGCAGUAAAAAGGGCUGAGAAAGAGGAGUCAACACUGGUGGCAUCUGGAAUACCUUACACCAUCAUCAGGGCUGGCUUGUUACGAAACACUCCAGGUGGAAAUCGAGGCUUUAGCUUUGCAGAGGGCAGUGCAGCAAAAGGAAGUCUUAGCAAGGAGGAUGCUGCCCUUAUUUGUGUGGAAGCAGUUGAUGCAGUCCCUCAAACUGGAUUCUCAUUUGAGGUGGUUAAUGGAGAAGAGAAGGUUUCAGAUUGGAAAGAAUGUUUGGCCAGGUUGAUGGAAAAAACAGGACAGAAACCUCAGUGA